AUGGCUGGAACGCACCACGCCGCAAUCCUCCCACAAAAGGGCGGACCCUUGUCUGUUGAGGAGCGAGCCACGCCCGAGCCCGGUCCAAAUGAGGUUCUCAUCGAAGUCAAGGCUGUCGCCUUGAACCCCGUCGACUAUUACCAGCGUGACUUCGGCAUGCCUCCUGUGCCUAUCUAUCCAUCUGUUCUUGGGUCCGACACCUCUGGUAUCGUCGUAAAGGUGGGCUCCAAUGUCUCCACAGUUCCUGCGCCAGGAAGCCGAGUCAUUGCAUUUGCCUCAUCCUUCUACCAGAAUGGUUCGCCAGACCACGGUUCCUUCCAGCAAUAUGCCUUGGCCCAGUCUGAAGGCGUUAUUGCGCUCCCAGAGGCCCUCUCGUUUGAGGAGGGUGCUGUCUUCCCCUUAGCCGUCUUAACCGGCUUAACUGCCUGGACCACAAUCGGCAUCUCGCUCGACACCAAGUACACCCAACAGGAUAAGCAGGCGGUCCUAAUUUGGGGCGGAGCUAGUAGCGUAGGCACUUUGGCCAUUCAAUCAGCCAAGUCGCUCGGCUUUACCGUCUAUGCCACCGCCAGUCCUAAACACCAUGAUUACCUCAAGAAGCUCGGAGCGCACGCAGUUUUUGACUAUAAAGCGAGUGGUGUCGUCUCACAGAUUGUUGAAGCUGUGAAGAAGGAUGGCGUCAAUCUACACAAUGCACACUGCGUCGUUGACGGAGGUCUGCAGCUAACACUCGACGUUCUUAAAGAAACAAAGGGCGAUGCAGUCGCUAAGGUUGCCCAUUCGCCAAUUUUGCCCCCGGAUCAUCCAACGCUCGAGAACACGGAGAUUACGUUCAAUUUCCCAUCGAUGGAUCCGGCCGAGAGGAGUAAGCACAUGUACCAGUGCUUCCAUGGAUGGCUGAAAGACGGUCUUAAUUCCCGUUCAGUCGUUCCCAGUCCGCCUCUCCAGAUUGAAGGUGGCGGUCUGGACGGUUUGAAUGCAGCACUGGAUAAGCUGAGGGCCGGUGUCAGUGGGGCUAAGAUUGUUUUGUCGAUCUGA